AUCAACAUCCCCUUGCAUUCCUCCCCUCGCUCACAUGCGGUAAAUCUCUCCCAAGGCAGAAUCCAGCCUUCGAGGUCAGUGCAGCUAAAGUUCCUGGAUUCCGCACAGUCUACUUUAUUUGGAAGACUCAGUCAUGAAGGAAAAAAUCAGAAGUGCUGGACAUGUGAUAAACUGGGUGAUGGUUGUUUUUGGGGUGCUCGAGUUGACCUGCACGAAGGCGAUCCAGAAGCCACACUUCGAUGACACUCCCACCCCAGAGUUCCAUAACCCAUCCUGGAUGGCAGCGAUUCCAAACAACCGGUCGCUGUCAGAAAUCACACUCCCCGGCACCCACAACACCAUGGCCCUCUUCGGCGGCGUCUUGGCUCAGUGUCAGUCCUGGUCACUGGCCCUCCAGCUUGAGGCGGGCGUGCGCCUAAUAGACGUGCGUGUGCGCAACGUGACUGGCAAUCUCACCAUCCACCACGGUAUGGCGUACCAGCGUGCACACUUUGGUGACGUGCUGCAGGUUGUGUCCAGCUUCCUGCGCCGGCAGCCCACCGAGGCGGUGCUGAUGCGGCUCCGUGAGGAGUUCAGCGAGACAGAUGAUAUCUAUGGGGCUGUGGUCAGCUAUAUCCAGAGCUACGCCAACUGGGACCUGCUGUGGCAGAGCCGGCUGGUGCCCACCAUGGGCCAGGUCAGGGGCAAGCUCAUAGUCCUGCAAGACUUCCACGGUCCUGACCUCGGUAUGCGCUAUCGCUCCUUGGACAUUGACGACAAGUGGAAGGUGCCCACCUUGCUGCAUGUGCCUGAGAAGUGGCAGAGCGUCCAGAAACACCUGGAAGCUGCUGAAGUUGGCAACAAGGACCGUCUCUUCCUCAGCUAUGCCAGCGGUGCGGGGCUCUUCGCCUUCCCCAGCUUUGUGGCGCAGCGUGUGAAUGUCCAGCUUCUGGAGUAUCUGACGGUCAGGAUGGGCAAACCACGCCGUUUUGGGAUGAUUAGCAUGGACUUCCCAGCUGCUCCACUCCUGCAGGCCAUCAUUGACUUCAACUGAGUAGACUGCCUACUGCAGCCCCGCCCCUUGCCCCACCCACUUUCUUGGCCCCACCCCCAGCCCCUCCCAGUUUCCUAAAAACGUAAGCUCAUCCCCGAUUCCUCCUUUGUGGUGUGUUGUCGUCUUUAUUUUAAAGUCCAAUUACAACGGCAGCAAGAACAAAUACUAUCGUUAAUUGUUUUUCAUGUUUUGUUGAAGAAAAUCUCACUGCUACACAGUUCAGUUUAUGUCAAUCUAUGGCAAAUAGUUAACAGGGUCAAUGAUGGAAAUCAAUAAAAUUAAAUAAAAUUAGUUCCAGCUAAGGCUGAGCUGGUUUUAUUUCGAUAGGCGACGUCAAGACAUUUACGAUACUGUACCGACGAAUCGUUCUGUAGUACAGGCCUGGAGGAUUUUAAUAGCGGAAAUUGAAUUCCUUUGAUUUUCACAUGUACAGGCUUCACACUGUAGCCACAAAAAUAAAAGCAGUGAAAGCAACUCCGUUGCUGCGGUUUCCUGGACGUGUUUGAUGUGCUGCAGGACAUUCACAUAAACGGACUGUUUUGUAACAAUUACAUAUUUAUUGGUGUUGGUCCCCAUCUGUGUUUGACGUUGAAAUUUUUAUACAGAUUUCUCCUGGUGGUUUGGAGAAGCAGUGAGGGACAAUACAUUUCUAACGUUUAUUUUUACAGUUACUCUGCUCCUUGAACAGGUGUUCUGUCCUCUGUCCUGUCCUAGCCCUUGUCUUUCUUGAUCAGCUAUCUUCCUCUGAUAGACCCCCUGUUAAGGUCAUCUCUG